AUGGUGGCCGACCGAGGAAAGAAAUCGAAAGUCGCCGAGAGAGCUGUGGACGAUGAUUUCGAUCACAUUGAGGGAGAGCUCGUUCUUUCCAUCGAAAAGCUUCAAGAGGUUCAAGAUGAGCUCGAAAAGCUUCGAUAUCAUCUUCCUAUAAGUACCUUGAAACGGCUGAUCUCUUCACCCAACAGUACUAUCUCCUCUCAAACCCUACUAUACAAUCUAGUUUAUCGGCACCAACCUAGGGUUUCAAAGAUGGUUGCAGAUCGGGGAAAGAGAGUGAUGGUACACUCCGAUAGUGAUCUGGAAGAGAUAGAUCGCAUUUUUGUGGAGCUUUCGGAGAAUUUAGACAAAGUCCGUGCAGUCCAAGAUGAGCUCAAGAAGGUCCUCUAUUAA